UUCUUAUUAAGGAUGUCUGCGAAACUCCAUGAGCAUAUUGAAUUUAGCCCAAAACUUUUCAAAUGGUGCUGGCAAUUAGUCUCCAGACAAGUAGAUAUACGCCAAUUUGUUGUACAAAUGACCAACUGCAAUGUGAUUGGCUCCCUUGGCUUAUUUUUGAAUUGCUCCAUGAAUCACGACCAAAAACCAGCAUCCAUAAAUGCCCUUGGUAUUGCACAUCGCAAUUUAGGGAUAAUUUUCAUUAAUAUCCAGCUAAUCGCUUUCCGAAAGUAUGUGCCCAAUCUAGUUCUUCUCAAUCGAACAGGAUAUAAUGUAACGGAUGCCUACUACAGACCACCUGGCCGAAAAGCUGAUAUUGUGAAGAUACUUAUAGAUGACAUGACGCAAUGGUUAGAAGUCAAUGGGACUGCAAUGCACUUAAGGAACUACCAUCCCGACGAGAAUAGGCUACCAGGAUAUUUGCCCGAUGUUAAAUUUCGUCUUAGUUAUGAUAUUUUUGGAAGUCUAAUUUCGAACAGAACAAGGAUGGGGUUUGCCACUUUUGAAGGAGUCGUAAAGUAUCUCAGAAAAUUAGGAUGAA